CUUCAGUACAAAUCAAUCAGGAUUCAGGGCAGGGCAACAUCGCACAAGCCUUGGCAAGACUGCAAUGGCGGCCGGAGGAGACCUGCGGCUGUUGGGCUCGUGGUACAGCCCGUACGUGAUCCGCGUCAAGAUGGCGUUGGGGUUGAAGGGGCUGAGCUACGAGUACACCGAGCAGGACCUCUUCAACAAGAGCGACCUCCUGCUGAGGUCCAACCCGGUGCACAAGACGGUGCCCGUCCUCAUCCACGGCGGCCGGCCAGUGUGCGAGUCGCUCGCCAUCGUGCAGUAUGUCGACGAGGCCUGGGCGGGGAUCGGGCAUCCUCUCCUCCACGCCGACGCCCACGACCGCGCCACGGCUCGCUUCUGGGCGGCGUACAUCGACGACAAGUUUUUCCAGUCUUGGAGGGCACUGUCCUGGUCGACGACGGAGGAGAAGAGAACAGAGGCGUUCAAGAACGCCAUCCCUGUGGUGGAGACGUUGGAGAGAGCCUUCAGAGAGUGCUCCAAGGGGAAGGCCUUCUUCGGCGGUGACAUCGUCGGGCUCGUGGACGUCGCGCUCGGGAGCUUCCUGGUGGGGAUCAAGGUGGUGGACGAGGUGAACGGCACCAACCUUCUUGACGAGGUCAACUUCCCGGGCCUGGCCGCGUGGGCGGAGCGUUUCUUGGCCGUGGACGCCGUCAAGGAGGUGAUGCCGGACGCAGAGAAGCUCUUGGAGCAGUACAAGGGGUUUCUGGCUAAAUGGAUUGCUUCUGGCUGAACACACUGUUUGCCUACUCACUUGGACCCGAAUCCGUAGGAUUCAUUUCAGACAUGGCUCUUAACAAUUUAGUACUUGUACUUCGAGAUGUAUUUGGUGUCACUGAGAUGUGAUUUUGUCUAAUAAGAACUGCAAAAUGGCGAGACAUUGUUCUA